UUCCCGCUACCAGUUCUCCAGAACCUGUCGGAACUGGCUGAAUACCAUCUCUGCUGGGAAGUCUCCCAAUAAUAAGGUUACAAAACCUUAUUAAUACUAUAAAACUGAAUAGAUUAAAACAGCCCAGUCCUGAUCCCAGCUGCAGCGUCAAAUGUGCAAUUGGCCAAUCUCACCCCAGUGUUGAGGGAAUAAACUUCCUCAUUGACUUUUUGUCAGCAGGGAAAGACAGAGGCAGACUCCUCUGCUUUGAAUAUGGCUGUUUUCAGCUGGCUGUUCAUUCUUUCCUUCCUAUUCAUCUGGUUUUGGAAAAAUAAACCUCCCAAAGGUUUUCCCCCUGGGCCGUGGAGGCUGCCCCUGCUUUGGAAUCUGCUUCAGAUCAAUAAAAGGAACCCUCUGAACUUCCUUGAUGAGUGUGCAGAAAAAUAUGGACCCGUCUACUCUCUUUAUUUGGGAACCACACCCGUAGUCUUAAUUCACGGAUUUCCUCUAGUGAAAGAAGUCCUCGUGAUAAAAGGCACAAAAUUUGCUGGGAAACCAGACUAUUACAUUGUUGAUACAAUCACUAAGAAGAAAGGCAUAAUCUCACAGUCUUAUGGUGAAGUGUUGAAGGAGCAAAAGAGGUUUUCACUGAGGCUGUUCAGAAACUUUGGCGUGGGGAAAAAUCUGAUGGAGGAAAGGAUCCUGGAGGAAGCAUCGUAUUUGACUCAGGCUUUUACGGAGAACAUGAGCACAACUUUGGAGCCUCACGAGCUCCUUGAAAGUGCGGUCACCAACAUACUUUCCACCAUAAUAUUUGGGAAACGUUUUGAAUAUGACAGCAACUUCCUGAAAUGCCUGCUGGACCUGACCCAUCAAAACUUCAGACUGCUGGCAGGACCCUGGGCUCUGCUUUCCAAUGCUGUGCCCUUAGUGAGAAAUCUUCCCCUGCCCCAUCAGAAAAUAUUAACAAAUGCCCAUAAAAUGUUUGCUUUGUUUGAAAAAGAAAUGGAGGAGCACAAGGCAACUUUGACUCUUGGAGAACCCCGGGAUUUCAUUGACGCAUAUUUGGAAGAAAUCCAGAAGAAGCCAGAGAGGAAAGGUUCAAGUUUUGAAGAAGAGCAACUAGAAGUCUUAUUGUUUGACCUAAUCAAUGCUGGAACAGAGACAACCUCAGUAACACUGCAGUGGGCAUUCCUCUAUUUGGUGGCCUUUCCAGAGAUCCAAGAGAAAUGCUGGAAGGAAAUAGACAAAAUCCUGGGAAACAAGGCGAGACUGAAACAGGAGGAUCGUAUAAGGUUGCCCUACACAAAUGCCGUCAUUCAUGAAAUCCAACGCAUAUCAAAUAUAGCUCCACUUGGACUACCUCAUAAAACUAUUAAUGAUGUGCACCUUCUUGGAUACAAAAUUCCCAAGGACACUAUGGUUUUGGUCAAUAUCCAAUCUGCCCAUCGUGAUGAAUCCCAGUGGAAGUUUCCCAAUGAGUUCAACCCCUCCAACUUCCUGAAUGAAGAGGGAGAGUUUGUGAAGCCAGAAGCCUUUUUGGCAUUUUCAGCAGGACCGAGAUUCUGCUUAGGAGAAAUCCUGGCACGGAUGGAGCUCUUCCUCCUUUUCACCAGCAUUGUCAGGAACUUCCAGCUAUCCUGGCCAGAUAAAUCCCAAGCACCAGAUUUGACACCACACUUUGGGGUUACGCAAUCCCCAUCCCGCUUUAAGGUGUUGUUGAAAUGUCGCCAGCCAAGUGGGUAGAUUGAAGUGAUGAUCUGCAAGAUAACCCAUUCAAGACAACCUCUCCAACAGCUGGAGGCCUUCUCUGCUUCAAAUUCACCACAAGAUCACUUUUUGAAAUGCAUGAAUAAAGGGCUAUCUUAUGCCACAUUUUCCAAUG